AUGCUGCCAUCAGAACCUGCACUUGCUUAUCAGAUUGGUGCUCAAAGUCUGAUACGUGGUAGGGCCAAUGGCCACCUUUUGCGGCAUCUGGCACAGUUUUCCAAACUCCCUGGAUUCAGCAGUUGUGUGGUUCCUGGAGAAAGUUCCAAAUCGUCUCCUGGGGAUAGCGCCAGCACAGCGCAGAUUGUCAUUCCAGCUCACAUCCACAUGCACAAUACCAUCACUCAAUCACUCACUAUUCCAUCUCAUACAGAUGUCCUAGAGGUUCAGGAUGAACUGGAGGAAAAAGAGGAAGAUUCUGAAGUGGUAGAAGCGGCUGCACAAGCCCUACAUGAUGUUUUGCGGGUGUCUGCAGACUGA